AUGGAGGAAUUCCGAAACCUGGCCACACGCUAUGGAGAUCUUAUUAAUGUCAGACAACAGCAGAGCUGCCUGUUGAUUUCACAUGCAAUAGAAGCUCUGAUUUUGGAUCCAGAGUCUGCAAGUUUCCAGGAAUGUAGCUCAAAUGGAACAGCUCAUGUUGAAAGCGAAUAUGAAAGAAGGAUGAUGUCUGUAUUUAAUCAUGUACUAGAGGAAGUGGAAUCCCUCAACAGGAAGUAUGCUCCUGUGUCUUACUUGCAUACAGCUUGUCUGUGCAACGCUGUCAUUGCCUUGUUGCAGGUGCCCCUUUCAUUUCAAAGGUACUUUUUCCAAAAGCUGCAGUCUACAAGUAUUAAGCUCGCUCUAUCCCCAUCUCCAAGGAACCCAGCAGAGCCUAUAGCAGUACAGAACAACCAGCAGUUGGCCCUCAAGGUGGAAGGAGUGGUUCAGCACGGAUCCAAGCCAGGCCUUUUCCGUAAAAUCCAGUCCGUCUGUCUGAAUGUCUCCUCAGUGCUGCAGAGCAAAUCUGGACAAGACUAUAAGAUUCCUAUUGACAACAUGACCAACGAAAUGGAGCAGAGGGUGGAACCGCACAACGACUACUUCAGCACUCAGUUCCUGUUAAACUUUGUGAUCCUUGGCACCCACAACAUCACAGUGGAGUCCUCUGUGAUAGAUUCAAAUGGCAUUGUCUGGAAAACUGGGCCUAAAACAACUAUUUUUGUUAAGUCUCUCGAGGAUCCGUACUCUCAGCAGGUUCGUCUCCAGCAGCAGCAGGGGCAGCCUCCAUCCCAGCAGCAGCAGCAGCAGAGAACCGCCUACUCACGCUUCUGAUUGCCAGGAGUGACUCCAUCCUGCUCACUUGGUGUUGCAGUUUUGCUUGGACACUUCUUUUUUUAUUAUUUUUUUGAAGAUUUUUUUUAUUAUAACCUUCUCCUGAGAAAGUCUCAGAUGCCAGUUUGUUGCUUUUGAAAUUAUCUGGGGUAAAUGUGAACUUGAUUCAGCAGAGGCAGCUGUUCAAAUCUGAAGUUGUGCUCUUACUAUAAGGACUUCUGCCUGAUCUCUGACUUGUGUUUACAAACCUGUUCCAGCAGGCUCCACAAACUGCAGUAGCAGGGGACACUACGAGCUCGUUGACUGGUACUUUCCAUGUUUUUUAAAGCAGACAUAGGUUCUAAUGUCCGGAUUCUGGGACAUUGGGAAACGCUUCACUUCGGCUGGUUAUACAGAAACGAGGGUAAUACCAAGUGUGUAUCUUUUAAUGUGAAGGAAUUGGCAGGAAUUUCCAGAGAUUCUUUUUCUGACAUUUUAAUGGCAAGUUCCAGUAUUUGACUGGUAUGUGUAUGUUACUGCAAUUCAUCUGCACUACUUAAUGCACGCAGCUGAAAGGAAAAAAAGAACUGUAGUUCACUUGUGAUACCCAGUCACUGCAGAGGGAGGAGACUGCUCGUGGGGCUGCUCUCAGGGGAGUCUUGCAAGUAGCAGAGUUUUACAGAUGGGAAUAAUCACUGUCUCUCAGAUGAUAUGGAAUAUAUUACCAUGUUGUUUUUAAACUUUCAUGCGUCUGUGUUACUGAAGCCUUUCAUUUUGUUGUUUUUUUUUUAUUUAAUCUUUUAAGAGGGAAGUUAAAAUGAAUGACUUGCAAGUUAACCGCUUUGUUUUUUAAAAGGAGUCCUUUUAAACCUUUAUACCAAAACUUUGUAAUCUUAUGUAUUCUUUGACCAAUUUGAGAAGUCUAAUUGUUAAUUUUACAAGAAUACUUGAAAUAGAAUUUUGCCAAUUCUAGAAAUGGAUCCAGAAUAAUUUUGGAAAUACACUGCUUCAUACAUAAUUUUCACACUUCUUUUGUGGUAUAAAAGGCUGAACUGUAUCCAGACUCACAGGCAGUAGAUCACAUAACAUGACCUUCACCUGGUCUUCAUAAAUAGUCUCUGCUUAUAUCACUAUGCAGGAAAGCAGGACUCAGUUGAGUGAGGAGGAGGAAGGAGGGCACUUCUUACAUACUUGAGCGUGUUAAUCCCUCCCAUUGAAGGAGAAAUUUUUAUUGCUAUUUUCUCAGCAAAUUCCCAUGAUACUGUUAUUUCUUCCAUCUGAUUUCAUUCUAGAGCUGACUGGAGUUUACAGAUUUUGCUUGCUUCAGGUGCAGAGAAUAUGAUAAUGAAUUGCUGUUAAGCUGAGGCUUCUUUUGCAUAGCAGGAUGAAGAAGUUUUUGCAGUGUUUUCACAUAGUAGUUCCUCUUGGCUUGAGACUAUGAAAAAAAGGAAAAGAACUGGAAGUGAUGAUGUCACAUCAUGGCCAGGCUGUAAUCCAAACUAGAAAAGAUAAUUGGGAUGCAGGGUUGAGACAAAAGGCAUAAAAUUGGUGAAAAGUUAAGCAGCAUCCUUCUUAAAUGAUUUUCCUUUUGAGCAGGAGACAGAGUGCCACUGCCUUUCAAGCUGACUGAGGAAAGUGGUGAUUUCUGUCCCAUUUUUGUGGUUCCAUGCCUAUAGUUUGGGGGGUGUGUGUAUCUACAUGCAGCUGUGUGCACACAUGCAUGCAUGAGCCUGUAGCUACAUCUAGUUAAAUGGUCCAGAAAGAGCUGACUGACCUGCUGCUCUGUGUGCUCUCUGUCAGACUGAGGAUCUGAACUCUUUGUGGUCAGCUGGGUUUUUUCAUUAAAGCCAUAGAUCAGCGUCUUUACCACAAAAACCUCCGUAUUUUAAUGCAAAAAAAAAAAAAAAAAAAAGAGAGAGAGAGACUAAGAGGUCAAACAUUUUUUUUAUCAUGCAUAAUGAAUGUGUGUUUCUUGCUGUCACUGACCAAUAUGUUGGUGGAAACCUUUGGUGGUGCCAUUCCAAAACAACUCAGAAAUUACAAGACAUUUCCAUGCUGGAGAACAAACUUUUCUCGUAAGUCACGUGAUGUUCAGAGUGCAUAGCUAAACUUACGAGAAGCCUAGUAGGAAAAAACCCAGCCUUAUCGAGGGAAAGCCUUGCUCUGGCCUGAGGCUUAACUGUCUGUGAGCUGGUGAGAUUAACCCUAGUAGAGCUGAAAAAAGUGUUCCUUCUUUAAACAUGUCUGCCUCCCUGAUCUGAGGGGCCUCUAGAACUCCAAGGGCUUGUAUCAGUUUUAAAGCCAAGGAAAUAAUAAUUGAAGCCUGAGAAUCUGGAUGUUAGGUGUGGGAGAUUGCAUGGGGAGCAAAAUUGCAAUUGCUGCUUAUUGGAAAUCAGCUCGUAUAGGAAGGUGGCUUGCUGGACAAAUACCUGUAUUUCUAGCAAACUCUUCAGAGUUUCUCAUGCUGACUCAUUUGCAGGUUAGUUAUAUGUGUGUGCUGAUCAGGAAAUGCCCUGGAGCUCUUGGUAAAUUCUCCUUUUAUGUAAACCCAGUGUUUUAUGUUUUGUUGGAUUUGUAGCGAGGUUAUUUUUUCUGUGUGUCUUGAUUGUUUUCUAACAUGAUGUAUUUUUAUUCCUAAUGUGCUGGGAAAUACACUUGUCAAACAGAAACCAUGGAUUUUAUGGCAAACAAUGUCUCAAAAUACCUAAAGAGCAGUGAGGAAGGGUGUUAAAGUUACAGCAAUAUACAGAAAGCUGCUGUUGGAGCUAUCAGCUGUGAAUGUGAUCCUUGACCAUUCGUGGAAGCAGGGAGGUUGUUCUUGAGUCCUGCAUUUGGUUUCUGGUGCCCGUACUUGAAGAUGCGCAACAAAGAAUUUGGAAAGCCCUUCUAAGAUAGGACCCAACUUAAAUCUCCUUCGUGUUUCUCAGUAAACAAAGCAGUAACUUGAUUACUAUGCAUAGCUGCACACUGAUAAUGAGAGACAAUUCAGAUCUGUUUCACUUACUGGCAGAAGAAAGAAGAUAUUCAGUGGCUGGACAUUGCUCCUGAGACAGCUGCUAGGAAUUCGAACAGCAAGAGGGGCUUAUGCAGACAGCUACAUCAUGACCUGUUCCUAAUCACUGAGAUAUGCUUUCAUCCAGCUUGGAUAAAUUGUUGGGCUGCGCAGGAGGAGAUGAUUGAAUGAAGAUGACUGGAGGUGCUGAUAAUAUGUGCAGUUCAGCAUUAAGGCAGUAGGUUUUGGUGCUUAGGCUCUAUAAUUUGACCUGACUUCUCCAGGGAUGGUGCAGCCAGUUACUCUCGGAAGUUCACAUGCCUGCGAACAGGUGCUCAGGCGUUCCAGAAAGUGUCAUUUCUGGAUUCCUGGCUGAGCCCUUGCUCCAGGCAAUGUGCAACUGAAUGCAGGGCAGGGAAGGAAUGUCCGCUGUCAGAUUCUACCUUCCCCUGGAAUUUGGAGUGUCACCUCCUGCUAAGGUCAUUCAAGUGUAUGUCAGAAGUGAUUCCUGAAGUUGCACUCAUCGUGGGUAUUCAUGAAAUCUUAGACUUCCUUUCUUAUUUUUGUUUCCUUGGAUAUGCCCUCAUUUUACCCAAGGACUGAUAUGCCUCAAUAUAGCUGAAGAUUUUGCAUUUGAUAGGGGAUAUAUUCUGACUUAAAUCCUGUGAAACUGUACAGGAAUUGCACAGGUCUAGAAGCAAGUUCAAUGGGUUUUUUAGCAUAUGCAUAAACUUUUAGAAAUAUUUUUAUUUACUGAUAUCACAAGUUAAAAAACACCACCAACUUACUGAAGGAAUUUAUUAGAUUUGAAGGAAUUUUACUGCAUUCCUAAAAUAUCUUUUGAGUGAAAUUCAGUGUGUGUGUGUGUGUAUAUGUAUAUAGAGAAAGAGAGAUCUCAUACAACACAGUAUGGAGACAUCUUGCUUUCAGAUUAGCUUCAUUUCUUUUCUGGUUUGUUGUCUUUGUUUGCCUGAAGUGCUUGCUGUGUCCUUGGUCAGCAUAUUCGCACACAUGUCCUUUUAGUUCC